GAAUCUUCAUCCAUAUUGGUUGGUUGUAAAAGCACUACUAGCGAUGCAGAUAAUGGGUCCAAGAAGCAAGAACUGCCAAGGAAUCCAAGAUACACUGACAAAAGGAUGAAUGAAGUUUAUCCCGUCAGAAAAUCCAGGUUUAGGAUGGAAUAUGGAAAAGAAAGUUCUAAGGAUAGUAGUUUGACAGAAAAACCAGACAGCCUGCAGCAUCUCUCCGCGCUUUCAGAUUUGGCUGCCAAGAAAAGAAAACAAAUCUCAAGUCUGGAAAAUUCUGUUGCUUCUGCUGAUAUUUCUCAAGAUGGUGUGUUGCCGGCUCGUCCAACAAAUGAGAAAUGCAGUCAAAAUAAAUUUCGUAGUGUUGCUGAGCUUUCUUUAGGUGGUGAAGGAUCUUGCUUGGCAACUGUUGAUAUGGAUAAAGCAUUAAAAGGACUAGUUGCUCUUGAAAUGACAUCUGGUAUUCCUGCUGAUUUAUCUGAAAAAUCUGGUGAUCCUUCAUCAAGUGGAAAUUUCUGCUCUGAAUUCCAUCUGCCUGGCAAAAAGGCUCCUCUGGAUUUCACUUUGAAAACUUACAUGCGCUUGGUGUUCUCUUCUUCAGUGAACUGGUUUCAUAAGUCAAUCAUGUCCAGUACCUAUAAUGGUAUGCUAGAGUUUACAUCCAAAUCUGGUUGUUCAGAGGAUCAAGAUGUUAGAAACAACUCCCAGCAAUUAUCGACCUCCCAAGUGUUAAAGUGCUCGUGCACAAGGUGUGCAAAGAAUCAAUCCCCUGACAAAAGAGAAGAUAUGUGCACUUCACACUUUGUGGUGAUGUUCACUGCUGGCUGUGGCUCAGGGAGAAUCAAACGCACAUGCAAUGCCUACAUCUCCCAGUCAACUAGAAGUCUGAGAUCAUUACUGAAAGAGCAUGAUGUUUGUUUCUCCAUGCCACUUUGCAAUGCUAAAGUGGAGCAAGCCACUACCGAAGAUCUGGUGGAGCUCUCAGAGAUUGAAAAGCAUAAUUUGGGCCAGACUCGUCGCCUGAGUUCCUUUUCUGACAUAGAUAAUACUCCAGAAUCUUUGCUUGCGCUCAGUGGAAAUGCAAAUGUACACAGUUUGUUUGAUUUUUUAUUAAAUUAUAGGUCAUCCUUGAGCUUUAUGACUACCGGGGAUGUUCCUGUAUUAUAUUCGCCAGUGCCAUUCCAGAAUGCAGCUGUUUCUUCUCCAAAGGUCAAAUGUAUUCAGAUGAAAGGGACAGAAAAUGUUCCUGCUCCAUCUAUAGGAUUUCCAAGUAAGGAUGAAAUGGUGCAAGAUUCCUCUGGUCUUUGCCAUAUUAUUGAAAUUAAGGAUGCAUAUCUUCCACCUUGGAUCAUCAACAGAGUAUGUGCUAUCAUGGGGGCUGAAGAGAGAAGCUUUGAAGUCAGCUUUACAACAGAGCGGACAUCAAUCGGCUUGAACGUUGCUCUUCGUGCAGUUUGUGAGAAGCCUGAAACUGAAGCUUUGGUUGAUGAAGGAUUGCGAGAAAUAACAGAAACUUUUGGUAUUCCAGAAUCCAUAGUUACACCUUAUUUGUGUUCAGGUCAAUUGAAAGGCUUGAAGUACUGUCAGGAUUCUUAUACGGUUUCUCUUUCUGCUGCAUGAUAAAUUCAGCAGUGAAGUUUCAGAGGGAGAUGUGUUUUGAUUUAUAUAGUGCUUCAUCCCUCUGCUUUCAAUCUUAUAUAUUUUGGAUUUUGUAUAAUGCCACUUUGGUGAAUGUAAUUGAAUACCGCUUAUGGUAUAUGAAAGACUGCUACCAUUUCUGAGAACA